GACCUGAGCCCCUCCCAGUUAGAAAACCCCUCCCUCCGGUUCCCCGGUGACGACGACGCUUCCUGAUACACCUGGUCAGGUCGACAUCAGCAGUUUGUUCCGGAAUAAGCUGCCGAUGGUUGUGUGUCAGACUCCAACGCCUGCAGCAUGAAGAGACGCAACCAGCAGCUCCAGGCUUAAAAACAAACCGUUGCCUGACCCCGGGGGGGCUCCGUACAGGAUGGGUGAUUGUGACAUACAGCUGGUGACCGCCAUCCAUUUGCAAGAGGUGGAACUGCAGGAGAAACCUGCAGACAACCAGCAGGGCACAAAGAACAACCAUGCAGCAGAUCAGACGUACACGGUGGAGGAAGCUGUGGAAAUGAUCGGCUUCGGUCGGUUUCACAUCCUGCUGUUCGUCAUCAUGGGGAGCUCCAACAUAGUGGAGGCGAUGGAGAUCAUGCUCUUGGCUGUAGUUUCUCCUGAGAUUCGAUGUGAGUGGCGUCUGGACGACUGGCAGGUGGCUCUAGUCUCCACUAUGGUGUUUUUUGGUUUCAUGGUGUGUGGCGUCCUGGGCGGAUACAUCGCUGACAGAUACGGGCGCUGGAAGGUGGUGUUUGGAGGUUUUGUGUGGAGCGCCUACUUCUCCUUCCUCACCUCGUUCGCUCCGUCCUACGGUUGGUUCGUCUUCCUGCGCAGCAUGGUGGGCUGCGGGGUCGCAGGAGUGUCGCAGGGGUUUGUGUUGAAGACGGAGUUCAUCCCAACAAAGUAUCGGACCUACCUGCUGCCGCUGGCUACUAUCUUCUGGAUGAUUGGCUCCAUGCUGAUCAUCGUUCUGGGGAUGGUGGUGGUUCCCUCUCUGGGCUGGAGGUGGAUGAUCCGGCUCUCUGUGACCCCCAGUGUCAUCCUCAUCUUCCUCUUCAAGUUUAUUCCAGAGUCGGCUCGUUACAACGUGUCAGCAGGAAACGUUCAGGCUGCUGUUAAAACUCUGCAGUGGAUUGCUAAAAUGAACAGAGCUUCUCUUCCUCCAGGACGACUGGUGGAGCCUCCUGAGAAAGAAAGAGGCAAUUGGAGGAUUCUGCUCAGUUCAUCUUUCAGGAGAACGUCUCUACUGCUGUGGUACUCAUGGUUCGUGGCGUCCUUUGCCUACUACGGUUCAGUGCUAAGCAGUUCGGAGCUGUUGGAGAAAAACUUGUUGUGCGUGACGGACGCCGACAGGGAACAUCAGGUCAAACACAGCCACGAGGACGGACUGUGUUACUGCAUCCCCUUCGGAUUCAGCGACUACCAGACGCUGCUCAUCAGCUGCCUGGGAGAGGUUGCACUGGUCCCGGUAAACAUCUGUCUGCUGAAUGUGUUCGGACGGAAGAUGAGUCUGACGGUCCUGCAGCUGCUGGCGGCCAUUUUGUUCAUGAUGGUCAAUAUCUGCACCACCAUGUUUGGGUUCACAGCGUUGCUGUUCCUGCUCCGGUCUCUGGUCUCCAUGAACUUUAAUGUGGUUUAUAUUUACACCGCUGAGGUGUAUCCCACCGUGGCUCGGUCUCUAGGGAUGGGUUUCUGUACAUCGUUCAGUCGGAUUGGAGGAGUAAUCGCUCCAUUUAUCGCUCAGGUGUUGAUGUCUCAGUCAGUGAUUCUGGCUCUCAGUCCAUUCGCUGUGGCUUGCGUGGUCUGUGCUCUGGGAAGCUUUCUGCUGCCGAUAGAAACUAAAGGACGAGGCCUGCUGCAAAACUCUUGACGUCUCCACUAUUAAAUUUCUGUUGCUGUUUGUCAUUUUAUCAUCACACGUGAGAUCAGGUGUUACAUUGCAUUUCAUUAUCAUUCUUAAGUAGAUUAAUUGAUUAAUUUAUGAAUGAAAGAUGGAUAAUAAGUCAGAGAACACCUCUGUUUAGAUAGCUUCAGAUUAGCAUGUGUUAUUCAAAUGUUCUGUACAAUUAAAAACUAUAUUUCAUACAGCUAAUUAAUUUUGCAGUAAAUAGAGGCAAAGUGUCAGGCAAGAUCACUAAAGAGAGGUUUUCAUUCUUUUUUUUAAAUUUCUAAUCACAUAACCAGUAACGAUUAGAAUUAAAAGUAUAUUUUCAAUUCUUAUUACUGUCAAUGUUGUAAUCACCACAGGAGGGAGCCUGCUGUUUAUAGAACUUUAUAUAAAGUUGUUUUCAUGUUUAACCUAUUUUUUUUUUAUGUUUUUAUUUUUAUGUGUAAGUUGGGCACUUAUUGUUCUACAGAAAGUUUACAUGUUUAUGUGAUAAUAUGUUCUUUUCCUUGCAUGGAUUCUUACACAUGCAUAAGGCACAAGAGUAGAUAAGUUCAGCAGGCUCUCAUAUUUAAACGUGCUGACCUCAUCCUCUGGUGACAGGAAGAAUUUAGGGAUGACAUGGGUAGACGACAGGUUCUGGGAAACUUGUCUAGGCAAAGUAUCUGAAGUCUAGGGGGGUUGGCAGUGUCCGUAUAUGGUGACACUGAGAGGGGAGUAUAACAGACACAGCUGCUGCUCUCUUACUGUUUAGGCAGCUCCAGUCUUUGUCAAAUUGUCAUUACCUGCUACUGAUUCUGUCUUUAGUGCGACUAAACCGAACUCGUCAUUAAACUUGUUAGAGAUUGUUU